GAUUACCUGAGUGGACUUCCUGAAACGUCAGUUCCUAUUUUCUGUGGUCUGAAACUGGGAAAAAUGAACAUACAGUAACACCUGAAACUCGGCGCGUAGAUACACACAAAUGCACAAUGAGUCCUUUUUGUUAACCUUUCUACAAGCCCUGGGAUGCUGAGGUACCCAAGAAUCCUGCUUAAAGAAGAAUUUCCAGUGUUUCACUGAAAGAGAGAAGCUGGACUAAUGACAGCCACCAUGACAGAGCACAGGAGCCAGGCCCUGAAGACUCUCAGCCAGCUCUGUACGGAGUGUGGCCAGAGUCACAUGGCGUCUGAGAACCACCUGUAUGAUUACCAGGACGAGGUGGAUGACGAGCUGUCCUGCCUCAUCUGCCUGCAGCCCUUGCUGUGCCCCAUGGACACUCCAUGCGGGCACACGUACUGCUUCAAGUGCUUGGAGAAUUUCCUGAGGGAGCAGGACUUUUGCCCCGUGGACCGGCAGAAGCUCUACCUGCGGCAAUGCCGGCGGUCCAGCCUGCUGGUCAGGAACCUGCUGGACAAGCUGGUGGUGCUCUGCCCCUUUCAGAAGGACUGCGGGCAGAAGAUGCAGCGGUGUGAGCUGGAGCCUCACCUCCGGAACAGGUGCCCAGGCUUUAAGAAACUGCGAGACGAAGCAGAGAGGAGGAAGAGGCCCCACUGGACCGAGGUGAAGCCGGUCCGAGCCGGGGGGGAGCAGUCCGCGGAGGCUGCUCCAUCACUGCCUGCUGGGUGCGCCACCCCAGGGGCGUCCCGGGGCACCCGUCAGCCAGGACUGGUGAACCCAGCUUUCGAGGAGAACGAGGACGACUCUCCCCAGCGGUCGAGCCUUAUGGCAGAAACGAAUGUGAUUGAGCUCCAUCGGGAUAACCCAGAGGAGAGGCUGGGGAUCCGGAUCGUGGGGGGGAAGGACACCCCUCUCGGGAACGUCGUGAUUCAGGAGAUCCUGAGGGACUCCCUGGCUGCCCGAGACGGAAGACUGGCCCCUGGAGAUCACAUCCUGGAGGUGAAUGACAUCAACAUGGCCAACGUGCCUCACAGACAGGCUAUCGCAGUGCUACGGCAGCCCUGCCCCAUGGUCUGGCUGACAGUGAUGCAGGAGAAGGGCUUUUCCCCCCGGAGCUCCCCGCCGGAGCAGACUCCCCCCCAGGGAAGAGUGAUCCAGGUGACGCUGAUCAAGAGGGACAGCUCUGAGCCGCUGGGGAUCAAGCUGGUCCGCAAACCUGCCGAGACCGGGGUCUUCAUCCUGGACUUGCUGCCAGGCGGCCUGGCUGCCAAGGACGGCAAGCUUCGGGACGACGACAAGGUGCUGGCCAUCAACGGGAACAACCUGAGGCAUGGGACCCCUGAGACCGCUGCACAGAUCAUCCAGUCCAGCGAGACGAUGGUGAACUUCGUGGUGAUGAGACAGGGGGAGGAGCCCGGGAGAGAGACCCCUGAGGAGGGAGGAUCGAGCGGUGAGGGGCCCAACCGCUCCCAGAGGAGAACCGAGCUGCAGCACUGCCGUCGCCGCUCUGCCUUCCAGAAGGACCCGCCGGCUGGUUUCUCCAGUCAGGAGAAGGUGGUUUCUUUGAAGAAGGAGCCUCGCAUGUCUCUGGGCAUCACGAUCGCAGGGGGGCGGGACAGCAGGAACAGGCUGCCUGUCCACAUCACCAGCGUGCAGCCUGUGGGCUGCCUGUACCGCGAUGGCAGGAUCAAAGCAGGGGACGUGCUGCUGAGCAUUAAUGGGGUGGAUCUGACCCAGCUGACCUACGGAGAAGCGGUCUCGGCGCUGAAGACCCACGCUGCCCAGUCUGCAGUGCAGCUCCGGGUGCUGGAGACCUCGACGGAGCAGCCUGCGGAGGAGAUGGAAGAGGAGCAGGGGGAGGCGGAGGCAGGCAGGGAGGAGGAUGGGAACUGGUCCCCGCUGUGGACCAUGUGGCUGGGGUUACCUAGCUAUCUCCACUGGUGCCGUGAAAUCGACCUGCAGAAGACCACCAAUGAGAGCUGGGGCUUCAGUAUCGUGGGCGGGUUUGAGGAAAGCCAGGGACACCAGCCCUUUUUUAUCAAGACCAUUGUUCCUGGAACGCCAGCUUACUUUGACGCACGGCUGAAGUGCGGUGAUGAGAUAGUAGCAGUGAAUGGAGCCACCACAGGAGGAAUGAACAACUCCUCUCUCAUCCCGAUGAUGAAGCUGCAGAAGAACAAAGUCUCUCUCACGGUGGUAUCCUGGCCAGGGAGCCUGGUCUAGCCAAACCAAAUCGCUGCAAGAUCAUAUCUGAACUGUUGUGUUCCUAUCAAACCCUUCAAGUUGUGUGGUAGUGACACUAGUACUGCACUUUAGUCCUGGUGUUACAGAGCGCUGUGCAGUGUUUAACAGAAAUGCAUUCCUUUACCUUUGCUGCACCAUCUAUUAUUUGUUUAUUUAGCAGACUCCUUUAUCCAAGAUGACUGACAGAGACUAGGCUGUGUGCAUCAGCUGCAGAGUCACUUACAACAGCGUCUCGCUCGAAAGACGGAGCACAAGGAGGUUAAGUCACGCCGUGAUUCAGCGAGUGAGCCGGGAUUCGAACCAGGGACCUAGAAGCCCUUUGCUUUAACCAUUGGACCACACAGCCUCCUGGCAAUACGUUUUUCAACAUUUAGUUGAUCUUGUUGUUCAUGCAUCAUACAUUUUAAUGUGGAGCACUAGUCAGGAGAUGGAGAAUCUCUCCUCAUGCCAUCCUAUUGUAUCCAGGACAUUGACGGUAUACGGAAAAGGUAAAGGAAUGGGUUUCAUGUAAACACUGCUAGGUGUUUGAAACCCACCAAUAGAAAUCUCCAUAGUCAACACUGGGAGGUCUUAUAAUCCAGCUCUGCCCUUAUCAAACAUGUAUUCAUUGUUCAGUAAACCAUUGUAUACACCAAGGACCAUUGCCCAUGUUUGAUUUUAUAAACCAGACUGUGUCCAUGUUGCUCCAUGCAUACAAAUGCUGAUCUGGUGACAUUCGUGUGUCUCUCUUAUUUCUCUCAAUAAUGGCGUCCAAAGGGGAUUUUUGAGGAAGGACGAUGAACGUUGCGUAGAAGUAUCAGGCCGCGCUUAUUUAUUUUUUUAACAAAACACAGGGAAUCAAGAUAAGGGGUAGAAACUGGCACCUGGCCAGCGCUUGACAUUUCCACUAAUGGAAUUGGAGCCUGUUGGAACUGCUGCCAGUGAAAAAUAAAAAUACAGUUUGUAGUGUUGAGGAUAGGGGGUAAGUGAGGGGUAACUGGGGCAUAAGAAUGAAGGGGUAUCCUGGAAAAACUUGGUAACCCUGUUUUAAUGAUCUGUAGAUGACCUAUACUUGAUUCAUUUUAACAGCAAAGUACAGAUUUCUUUUGAAAACUGAAAUGUUUGUGGGUUAUCGAGUUUAGUAUUUGAAACUACAUUGGUGGUAAUAAGCAAAAUGACUUGAGUUUCAAAUUGAUGGGUUUUAGAACAUACCUCGGCUGAUGGCCCGUUCCCUGUUUUAAGCCUUGAAUAACAGAAAUGAUAGUUUGCUUUUAUGUCGCAACUUGCAAUAACAAGAGAGAGGUGCCUUAUUCUCUGCAUACUUGAUGCUGAAGGUUUAUCCGCACCCUUUACUAGCCCAUUGGUGGAAAUUUCCUAUCCUGUACGGCCAGUACAAUCAGAUUGCAGGGAUCUCUGUUUCAUUUUCAGAAACAGUGCAAAUCUACUGUGCCUUCAAGCAUACCCCAUGGUAUUUACCCCAAACCAUUGUCACUUUGUAUGUAAACCCCUAUUUGCAGCUUUAAAAGAAUCACAUGUUCCUUUGCCUACUAGGCUAAAUGAACUUAAUUUGCGACACGGGAACCUACACAGAAAUUAUUCUAAAAACUUGUACAAACUUUGCAUUUCUUAAGCUUUUGAUCCUGUUUGUAUGUUAUGCAUUUAUGUAAAAUGUAAGUUCUUCAAUUUGAGCCUCAAUUUCUGUGUAGCUGUACAGAGGCUUUGCUUGAUUCUGACACUGGGUUUCAAUCCACUUCAGCUCUUUUAAGAUAGUAAGCAGUUUGUGUUGUACAGUGCUGUUCUUCUGUAUGGAUGCACAUGGGUUGGUGCAGGUGGACUUGUUGCUAGCAACGAAAAUGUACCUUUCAAAAUCCUAACUACCUGAGAGACCUUUGAGCUUUCAAUCCACACCAGAAACACACAAGGUGUUUCCUUGCAGGGGUCAGUUCCUGUGAGGUGAAGAAGGACAUUUUAAUGGGCUCCCCACCUCCUCAUUUGCAUGUGAUUAUCAGGUUCCCUGGUAUACAGUUUUGCAUGGAGACUGGGGCGCCAUACCUGAAAGAAGAUCUAGACGUGUACACAGUGCUUUUGAAAGAUUUAAUGAUUUCAGCACACAAGUAUUGCAGGAAAAAAAAAGUGCUUUAUUUUGCUCUUGGUUUUUGUUGUGCAAGAGAGACAAGUCUGUAAGCACCAUACAUCUAGUAGGGAUUGCUCUGUUUCAGUUUGUAAGAAAAUAAAAAAUACUUGCAUUUUAA